AAAAAUAUCCGGCAAGGAUCCUUUUCCAUUGAUUACAUGGAACAUCUACCGUUUCCUCUAGUCCAAAUAAUUAUGACAUCAGCACUACCCGUUCCCGAAUUGCCUUGUGUUCCUUGGCCGGCGGAGAUCAGUGAAGCUCACAGUCUCAGCGUCCCCGCAAAACUCCACACCAAGUCUCACCGUACCAACGUGUACAGCCACGCACUGAGAAUGCCUCACAGCGGCGAUGACCAAUUUCUGGAACCGGCCGAAUGCUCCGACUCCGAUAUCGAGGAAGAAGAAGAAGACCCCGAGUUGUUAGAAGAAGAAGUGGAAGAAGAAGAGGAGGAAGAGCAGGAGGCGGAGGCGGAAGAAGAGGAGGAAGAGCAGGAGGCGGAGGCGGAAGAAGAAGAGGAGGCGGCGGAGGCGGAAGAGAAUAUGGAAGACGAAGCAGAAGGAAGGGUUGAAGUGGAUAUGGAUAUUUCAGAUUCGCCAAUUCGAGCCCAUGAUCAUCAGAACGGCCAGAGAACCUCUGUAGACCUACGCGAUGAUGGCAACAGUCAUGUGUGUAAUAGUGAGAUUAUGGAUGCUAAAGCCGCCAGCUCAUGUAGAGUUGGCGGGGAAGAGAUGGCUGAUGCCAUCCCGAUGAGGGAUAAUUUAGGUAAGGAGGUUAGAGGUGUUGUGAGCCCAGAGGAUGGGAUGAAACAAGUGGACAUGCGGCAGAGGAAUGAUAGAAAGCAAAUGGAUUCAAGGUCGGGUGCUUUUGAGAUAGGGACCACAAUUACGUCUCCUGCGGUUGAGACUAGUGAUCGAAACAAGCACCCAGCUAUUAUAUGUGAUUUCCAUGCGAAGGGUUGGUGCAUUAGAGGUAGUUCUUGUAAAUUCGUCCAUGUAAAAGAUAAUCCCGUUAGUUCCCAACCACAACCUGAGGGAGAUAUUGCUAAUUCUACUAGAGAAGUCCAGCUUGAUGAAGGCCUAAGAGACAUUACUGAGAGAUCAAGGUCACCUGGUUUUCGUGAACCUCUGGCCUCUUCAAGUGGAAGUGAUUUUGCAUUUUCUUCACAUCUCACAUCUGAAAAGAUCCGAUUUUUGGAACACAUAGGAAGACAGCACCAGUUUCAUGAAAAGCGCAAGUUUCCAACAGUUAUAGAGGAGGAAUCAAAUGUGGGCGAGUCCACUGUUGCAAAGAAAUUGCAUUCAUCCAAAGAUGAUCCAGGCUUUCUCUCUUCGCUUAAGGAUAUAGAAAGAGAUGAUCAGACACGAAAUUGGCUUUCUUAUAAAGAUAAAUCUAUAUUUAUGAGCGGUUUGCAUCCUGAACCUGGAUUUUUUUCAAAUGGAUCUAUUUCAUCAUCAGGCAAGUACUUUAUAAGGAAGACCUCUUCACAUACGAGCGGUAUGGGGGAACCAGAUGGAAUUUGGAGCCAGCAUGUGCACCGUGUUCAUAGUUCCCCACUCGUGAACCUUGCUUUGAAUUCAAGCUCAAGAAAUCUUUCAACUACUGGCUUGUUUCCAACUAGCCGUAUUUCAUCUUGGACUGGAUUUUCGUUGCCUUCUAGUUCUUCCAAUCUCGAUGCAAGUCCUCAUGAUACUCUUAAGCUUUUUGAUCGAAGUAGGGAUUACCAGGUCUUGUACUAGAUUACCUCCCUUGCUGAAAAGCUCUUCUCCCUUCUCUAGUUCUGAGUUGAAAAGUUUUCCUGUGACCAGCGUGUCAUUGUGCUCUGCUGAAAUUAAAACAAAAAUUUCUUCAAAUGACUGGGAGCCAUCUGUGCCUUUCCGGCCAUCUUUUAUUCUUCCUCAUGCAUUUCUAUCAUCUUCAGGGAGGCAGUAUGACCCUCUUCGGGACAGCAUUGAGUUACCAAAGUUAGCAAACAUCUCCGGUGAAACUUCUUUCUAUCCUGAAGGGGCAACCGCUGUGAAUAAAUUGCAUCAGCAAAUACAUGGUGAAUCUGCUAGUGGGACCACACGGACAGGUUGUGAUGGUGAUACAAACUCUAUGUCUUCACAUAAUACAUAUCAUGAGAAGGUAUUAGAUAAUAGCUGCUAUAUACGUGACCAUAAUUCACCUGGCACUGAAGCAGAGACAUUGGGGACUAAUGCUGUAUGCCAAAAAGGAACCAUGACUGGAGAAGAAAAUCCCUUGGGCCCGUCUCAUCUCAAAGGUAGUACAAAACAAAACAAAGCCAGUACGGCGUAUGGUGAUUCUGGACAUGAAAGUGACUGUUCUAGACACCAAGAAGACAUAAAAGUAGAUAGAUUUAGAGAUAAGAAUGAAGUGGAUGGUGAACAUUUGACAGACGGGAAUGUACAGCAAGAAUCAAAAGCUGUGAGGAAUUUCCGUGCAGCUCUUGUAGAUUUAGUAAAAGAUAUGUUAAAACCAAAAUGGCGUGAUGGUAGUCUCAGCAAGGAUGCACAUAACAUGAUAGUCAAGAGAGCAGUAGAGAAGAUUAUCAGUGCUUUUCAGCCCCAUCAAAUCCCACCAACCAUAGAAACAGUUAUGCAUUACUUGUCUGUAUGCCGUCCAAAAAUCUCAAAGCUUGUUGAGGGAUAUGUUGUAAAAUAUGGAAAAUCUUGAGAUGUUAGGCAAAGUGAUUUUUCUUUUGCAAAUUUUCCUACACAGUUGACUAAUCAGAGGUCAUGGACGGUUGGUUUAGUAUCCCCUGUUUUAUAUAAUCAAAACUGAGUUUUUGUAGAAA